AUGAUGGUGGAAAGGAAGCGGGCUCAGCCACUCUUUCAUUAUCGUCAAAUUCGUCUUUACAUUGGACUUCUUCUGAUGCUUGCCUUCUUCUGCACCGUUUCGAUGCGAACAAAUCUUGGUAUGGCUAUGGUAUGUAUGGUUAAUGCAACAGCAUAUUCCCCAUCAAUCACUCAACUUAACAGAUCCCUCGAAAGUGAUUCUACGAAAUCAGUUUGUCCGAAUCGAGAGGCUGUCUUUGGUGAAAAUGCAACGGCUCUGAGUGAAGCUGGAUAUAAGGGCAGUUUAUUGUGGUCACCGAGUAUGCAAUCUGCAUUAUAUUCGGCAACCUUCUACGGCGGUUUCAUUACGAUAUUCUUCUCGGGGUAUCUGGCCGAUCGUUAUGGACCCAAAUACAUGUUAUUAUUGGCGAUGCUUGAUUAUAUCGUAGUCACAUUAUUCACUCCGUUACUCGCCGAGUUCAACUACUACGCAUUUUUCGUUGCUCGAGUUAUUAUGGGUCUUGGAGAGGGCAUCAUGGUGCCGGCAAUGGCGUCCGUUGCUGGCAUUUGGUUCCCACCAUUUGAACGAAGUACAAUGGCUGCAAUAUACACAUCCGGUAAUCAGUUAGCUGGCACAUUCGGUGUACUCAUCUCAAGUAGACUUUGCGAAGUGGAACAACUCGGUGGAUGGUAUUCCAUAUUCUACAUUUUCGCAAUAUUAGGAUUGUUUUCUGCCGGUCUCUGGUUUGUGGUUUCAUCAAAUUCGCCCAACACUAACCGUUGGAUUUCUGAAGACGAAAAGGCGUACUUGAACCAUGAAAUGGCAUAUCUGGUUGCUAAGAAAAAGAUUCGUUCAAAGGUACCUUGGGUCGCAUUGUUCACUGCUCCGUGUGUGCUCGCAAGUUUUCUAAGUCAGUUCUCGUAUAACUUUCUUCAAACAAUGAUGCAGUCCUACUUGCCAACCUAUUUCAAGGACGCCAUAAUGGUUGACUUGCGGAGCAAUGGCCUAUACACAGCAUUACCGUUUUUCUGUCAACUUGUUUUCAAAAAUCUUUUGGCAGUUUUAUCUGAUCGGCUGAAAAAAGCGCACUUAAUUCAUCCGACAACAGCGUGCAAAAUAUUCCAAACGAUAUUUACAUUUGGUUCGGCAGUUUCGCUUAUUUCACUGGCGUUGUUUGUCGAUUGCACGAAACCAACAUUAGCUGUCGUUUUGCUGGCGUUAACUGCAUCUUGUAUGGCCUCGUCAACACCUGGCUUCCUCACAAGUCUCUUGUGCAUUGCACCAAAAUAUUCAGGCACCAUGGUAUCGUGCUCUAUGGUACUUGGUACGCUAGCGAAUAUUGCUGCACCAAAUAUUAUUGGCGGUUUCAUUCUGAAAACGGGAUCACCUGAGGAAUGGGCAGUUGUAUUCUACGUUUGCGCUGGAAUAUGCAUAUUCGCUGGAAUUGUCUUCCUAAUUUUUGGAUCAAGUGUGGAACAAGAAUGGGCAAAAUCGUCAGUGGCACCAGUCGCUGAGAAACGAGUUCAGAAUGUGGCUGUCGAGGAAGGAUGUGGCCAGUUGGAUACUGUAAAAGUUUGA